CACACCCGUUGAAGAAGAAGAAGACGACGCUUCUUUUAAGAGGGUGGGGGAAAAAAGAAGCAUAAACUGUUCGUUUUUUAACCACCCAAUGGAGCAUAAACGGCACGAUAUGCUUCCUCCGCGUGUUUUAUUAACUGGAUUUGUGGUAUUAAUUCUCUCAGGCCGGACGCUGGCCAUUGACAUCUACACGGAUCCCGAGGUGGUCGUGGAGAACGGGACGGCGUGCGUGCUCCGCUGCACCUUCAAGUCCAACGAGGUGGUCAGCAGCGACAUCGCCGUCACGUGGAACUUCCAGUCCAGCCAACCCGACACCCCCUACUCCAAGGCGGCCUACGCGAUCUUUUACUUUUACAAUGGAAAGGCGGCCCCGUCGCCUAAGGAGUUCAAAGACCGAGUGCAGUUCAUCGGCGACAUCAACAAGAGGGACGUGUCCAUCCGGUUUAACCCGGCGCUGUUUGGCGACAACGGCACCUACUUCUGCGACGUGAAGAAUCCGCCCGACUUCAUGGGCACGCCAGCUCGAACCGAGCUGCGCGUGGUCUCCCGAGGAGCUCUCCCUCGGGCCAACACGGCCGUCAUCGCGGGAGCGGUGUGCGGCGUUCUGGCUCUGCUGGUGCUCAUCUUAGUGGCCGUCUGCGUGGUCAUGAAGCUGCUGCACAAUCGCAACGAUUACGAAGGCUGUAUAAACUUGGAAAGCGCGCGUGCGCCGCCUCCGCAGCCCAUCAAGAAGGUGGAGCCCAAGCCGGAGGGCCCCACCGGUACCGGCCUCCCCCCAGGCCAAGUGCAGGGCCCGGUGAUAUACGUCCAGUUGGAUCACUCGGGAAGCAAAAACUCCUUCCACAAGAUGGAGCCUGUGGUCUACGCAGACAUUCGCAAAAACUGAGACUGACUGAGAGGGGUGGGGGAGCCACGCGCAACCAAAAGUUCAAAACACACACACACACACACACACAUGCUCAAGCAUCCGCCGCUGCUCGCGGGAACACUCCAUUCUUUGGACGGGGACGCCUUUGUUUAUUUUUUGUUUUUUUGUCCUCCGCCAUCACGUCUACACUCCCAUGACAUAGUUACUGGUUGUUUUGAUGUGUCCUCACGCCAGCCAAAUGCUGACGCACCUUUGGACAGACUGACAGAAUUUUCUACGAGCUUUCGAAAUUCUUUGAGAUUUCGUUUUAGCUCUACUGUGUCGACGGUUCGAAUACUGACAAAAAAAAACCCCAUCACGUCUGAUUGACUUUUGGGGUAGUUAACAGAUUGCAUUAUUUUACAUGUGCACGUCAGGAAAUACUGGAGAAAAAUCCCCAAUGACUGUAUAACAUUAUUGGUUACAAUUACUUCACAAAGAAGGAAAAUACUCCCAAAAAAUCUUUUGCAAAUGCUGACAUCAUUGUAGGAAAACACUAUCUUUUGAUCCCGUGUUAGGAACGAAAAAAAAAAACUACUGAUUUUACCUUCACUACUUAAGGCUUGGGUGAGGCGACGUUGCGACGCUCCUCCGUGUUGCGCUUUCCAUAAAAUGUCCCUUUCACAAAAGAUGACAACAUGCUCAUAUUGAUCACUCGCACCCAUCCCUCACUGGAACAUUUUUGAAAAAAAAAAAAGAAAAUUCAUUCAAUUCAAGUAAUUUUUUUUGCAUGUUCGAAGUAAAAAAAAAAACGUUCUCCUAAGGCGUUUGCAUGCCAUCUACUAACGUGAUGAUCCUAGAACAAAAAAGCUUGUUGACGUGUAAACAUUGAAAUUUUAUUUAACAACAGAAAAGAACAAAAACGGGCCAAACGUCUUUCUCGUAACCAUUAUCGUCAUUCAUGCUCCAGCUUUAAAGUGCAUCUUUGUAUUUGUGCAAGCCAAAUUGACUUGAUGUAAUCGACGUGUCAUUCCGCCAUCAUGUGUGCUGCUGACUCAAAAUGCAUUCCAGUCUCGUUAGCAUGCCCCCCCCCCUUCAUUAUUUGCGCUAAAAGGCGUGCCUGCGGAAGUGAUGACGUGUAGUGACUAAAAGAAACCACCAGGGGGCAACGUUUCGGAUACCACUUAACAUGCUAUCUAACAAUCUUGACCUUGCUUUCUAAUAUUACAAUUCAGUUAUUUAAAAACCCCACAAACAACUCUCCUAGUUAAAAAAAAAAAAAGCCAUAUUUUUCUGCAUUACGGUAACAGGCUACACUGUCGCAGGCACGGCCCUUUUUUUUAAUUUAACGAGUUAAGUGUCUUCACCAAAAACAAUACAUUGUAUGAUAGCUCAGCUCUUUUGCUUCCUUUAUUUCCUGUCGUGAUUUUGAGCUACUGGGGGCCGCGUGUGCGCGUGUGUUUGUAUUUGUGCAUGUUGCCGUCGUCCACGUGAUGUAAAGUAUAAAUUAUGAAAAGACGGACGGUCCUCCCUACGCUUUUCGGCUCUCUGCGUGCUAAAUAGUUGUUCUAUUCGAUAGCGUCUUUGUUUGUUGUAAAAAAACCACAAAAAAACA